AACAACCCACCCGGUCUCCCCGCUCCGCCCCGUCACGAACAACCUUUUUUUUCUUGUCUCUCGUUUCUCCCUCCGUCUGGGAUUUGGUUUUUUAUUUAUUAUUUUUUCUUGCCUCGGGGAAUGUGAGGCAGUGGGCUGCGGAGAAUAUCAUCGCUACAGCCAUGCUGCCCAAUAGCGAGAUCCGCAGCACAGCGAUGAGGGUUGUGACGCAGUCUAUUGUCCCCCACGAUAUCACGGAGCAUUUCACACAGGCGGCGUCGAAGCUUGUUGCCGGUCAGCUCGUCAAAGAUGAAUACUUUACAUUGUUUGAGGCGGUGGGCGCUCUGGAGAUCAUGGAUCCCAAGAUGGACAGUGGAUUCAUCGCCCCGGGAGAAGACCUGGCGGAAGCCCUGCAGGAUAGCUACGACGUCACUCAGGAAUUGAGACCGGAGCAGGUUGUGGGCAUUAUGGACGGGCUACUCUGUCACGAGAUGGCAUGGCAUAUGGGGCAUCCUCUAUCGCAAACCCUCUUCACGUCGAUAUACCUGGAUAAACUGCUAUGGCCGAUACCGAAGACGAUGGAGCAGGCGACUUUCUCCCGCGAGACAGACGACAAGGAUAAUGUACUGGUUCAGCUUGUCCUGCGCGCAUACUGUUUGGGUCUGGUUAAGGCGUGUGAUCUGGUCCACGGGCAAGUGGUAUCGGAAUAUUUCUACGAGGAAGAAGAUUUUGUGACCCAGCUCUAUAAUCGCAGUCUACUAUCCGAGUUUGAUGUCGACGCGAUUCUAAAGAUCAUCAACCAGGCCCUCGAUUGGGUGGAUGGGCCAGAGAACAGCAUUGAUGACCCCUUGACAAAAGCGCUGCGAGUCAGACUGCUGUUCCGGCGAGACUUCUUGACUGCGCUGGAGCAGAACAGCAAGGUUUUACAGACACGAUCGACGAAGCAUCUCUCUUCAUGUAUAUCGCAUAUUUCUGCCCUGGAAAAGUCAUCGCCACUGGGCCAAGCGGUCCCCGAGGCGUUCAGUCUGAAGAUUCAGAGGAAACUCGCUAGCACGGUUCCUCCUCGUCCCAUGGUGAACAUCAGCAUCGAAAAUGCGCUCAGCCACCUCCGGCGCUUGUGUCAGGAUGCGAUUGAUAUCCAGCAGGUCCUGGAGUAUAGCUGUCCUUAUAAUGUCAUGAUUUCUGUGUGGACUUUGAUGUCUAGGAAGCCGCAGCCGUCUGUGUACAUCCGCUCGCUCCUUCAGACCAUCGUCUUCAGUGACAUGCGAGUACUAGGGUCCCUCUCCAUCAAGAACUUCAUGUACGACGACCUGGCGCAGCUCGUGCUACCCCAUAACAUUCUCCUCCAAGCGAAUAUGGACAAUAUCGAACUGCCAAGCGACCCCCGGUUCCGAAUCGCACAGCAGAUGGACGAUUUCGUCAAACGCUUCUCACAGCCAUUUUUAGACACGUUUCGCAGCAUCUGCCUGAACCGGUGCCGAUUUCGCAGGACGCUUUGCCAUACAGCGGUCGACUGGGACACUCUACAAAUGGAGGCCGAGGAACUAGACACAGAACUCCGCGCUCUCACUCUCGAGCCUCCGUUGAAGCUGCAUGGCGGUGAACCAGCGUACUCGUACCCACUGAGCAGCUGGGCGUACCACCAGAAACUGACACAGCUGCGAACGAUCCUCCAGCUAGGGUUUGAGCUCUCGAUCUAUGCUCCCGAAGAGCUGCCCGGCAUGUACUGGUACCUGUCCCACAUCUGCUCCGCGCAUCUCGCGCAUAUCGAUCGAAUCCGGACGUUCACGCUCGCCGCCAGCAGGGGCCCGGCGGCGGUGUUGACGCUGCCCGGGGGGACCAAGGCCAACGCUUCAGAGCGGGAGGGAGCGUUCCACACCUCGCUGCGUCUGCUGGAGAGACUAACGACGCAGCUGAUUGCGAUCGACGCGUUUGCCAUUGCGCUGCAUGCGUUGUACGUGCUUCUGGCUCGACACGGAGUGCUCCCACGGGCGUCUUCCCCGAACCAAGCGUAUUCCAGCGAACGACUCCGGUACGAGCUGCGGAUGAAACCCUUCCUCCCGAUCUCGCUUCCGGAACCGGUGCCGUAUGCCGAGUACCGCGGCGAGGCCGAUCUGGAGGGGGACAGCGACGCGACGGUGCUGGAACGCGCGACGCGGGCGAUUGCCGAGGCGCGCAAGGCGUGGGAGACAAUCCUGGCGCGGGGCGUGUUUCUUGUACCGUCGCCUACCGCGGCGGGGACAACGCACGCGCCGCGAUCGAUCGAGGAGGACUGGAAGCGGGAGGUCAAGGACACGAUGCGGGCGUGUAUUGGGACAAGCAUUGCGAUCGAGAGUAUCAAGAAGGCAUUGGCAGCUCGCUCUUCGGAGGGGGUACCUGUUCGCGUGGAGAUUCCUGAGCUGGGCUCCAAGAUGCGCUGGCAUGACUGGUGGGCAGUCCCGCAUAUAGUUCCUAGAUCUUAGAUAGGUACUUUCCCAUCACAUUGACACUAUAUUUCAUCAAAUCGUAAUUCAUUAUUCAUUAUUCUUUAAUUUUCAAUCUAAAUGUAACAAUCGUAGCGUCAUAAUCAUCAAGCGUCGGCAUCGUAAAACGCCGCAUGGCAUAACGGGCAGGUGAAAUGGAAAUGCAGGAACCACUCCUCUAGACACUGGUCAUGGAAGACAUGGUUACAUUUCAGGGCGUGGAUGGAUGCCGACUCGGCAAUAGGAUCGAGACAAAUGGCACUAUAGCAGCAUAAGGAUUAGCACAUGAACAGAGGCCUCUAUACUAGUAGCUUCUGAUGAUGGAUCAAGGGGCAAUACCAGACAAAAUUGGUGUCGUGUUCCGUCAACUUCAUUUUCUCCUUCUGUGUCGCCCACCACUCGCGCAGACAGGACUUUGGCGCC